UUCAAAUAAGAAGAAAAUAAAAUAAUUGUCUAUAGUUAAGAUGGCGGGUGAUGAAAGUGACAGCGAUCUCAAACCAUCCAGUGUUGCGAUCAUCAGAGAAGUUUACGACAGUGAAAAUGCUCAUAUUAAAUUUGAAAUGGAAUUGGAAAGAGCACUUGAGGCCGGCGUGAGUGUUAUAGUAAUAGAACCAGAGCCCCUCGGAGAAGAGACUGCUCGGUGGAUUUACGUAGGAAACCUCUUGCAUAAAGUUUCCGUCUAUAGUGGACUGUGCAGCAUCGCUUCAGGCUUAACUUGGAGUUCUUUAGCAUGUACACCAUUUGGUGUGGUAUCAGUCCUAUGUGCAGGCUGCUACACCUUGUCCUGGCAGUGGGACCCUUGCUGUAAAUAUCAAGAGGAGAAAGACAGACGGCAUUUAGCAACACUUCCAGUACUCAGUGACCUCACAUCUGCUUCCCCUGUUGUACUCAUUCGUAAAGAUAAUAGAAGAAAAAUUAUAUUACAUAACACAGUGUCCAUAGCUGCAGCUGCCAUUUGCUUAUGGAGACUAUAUCAAACAUUCAAAUGAUUGUAGUUUUCACAAAGCAAAUAUUAUGCCAUUAUGCUUAAAUUAGGAUCAAGUAGAUUCUCAGUUGUGAAAAAGGGUAAACUUAGAAUGAACUAACAUUUAGUGCUCACUAAUGCAUUGUUCUGGUAUCAGGAGUUUAAUACCAUAUAAUUAUUUGUUGUAGGAUGCAGUCAUUGUAAAAAUUGUUAAUUAUAUAUAUUAUUGGUAGUUAACUAGAUAGACAAGCCUGUACAAAAGAUAAUUUUCUUUAUAUUAUAAGGAUGCUUUUAGUUAAUUGAGUGUGAUAACAACUUGUUAAAGAUUCUGUUACAUGAGUAGUGACAGGGAUCAUUGAAUUAUACAUUAAACUGUUGUCAUGCAAUAAAUAAAAUGUAAUACCUAGAAAAUAA